AUGUAUCUCGAGUCACUCUCGCCGUUGCUCUACUACCUUAUAGCGAGCGUGCUCAACAUUAUCGGACUCAAAAGACGGCGGCGAACCCGUCUUCUGUUGCUCGGGCCACUCUGGCUAUUUUCUCUGUUGUCAUUGGCUUCAUCUCAUAGGCUAUCUUGGAUGAUUGGAGCUGAUAGCACUUUUGCGAGCGUGCUUGUCUUCUAUCUACUCUACUCGACAAAGUUGCUCGUUUUUGAUCAGCAUACUGUCAACCCGGAGGUUAGCACACAUGACUGGAGCUUCGUCGACUGUUAUAGGAUAUGGAACAAUCCUCGAAAGCUACCAUUACGGCUUUCCCCCUUCGAAAAAGAGGGGCCAACUGAUUCUAUGUCUCGAGCACGUUUCUCCUUCAAUCAGUCAAUGAAGGCAGCGGGUUUGUGGGCGUUUGAACACUUUGUUUUUCAGAAAGUCUUCAUCCGUGCGCUCGGGCAAGUAGCUGUAGCCGACUUCUCACCCGCAAAGGAAAUAGCCUUCCCGCUAUCAUCCCAUCAAUUCCAAGUUCGCGCCAUUAUGUCAGUCCAAUGGAUUUGGCGAGCCUACUUCUUUCUAGAGUUUUAUCAUUCUCUUUUGGCCAUUGUGUUUGUGGCAAUCCUUCGAUUCGAUUAUCCUGGAGAUUGGCCAGCUCUCUUCGGGAGCCCAAUAGAAGCGCACAGCGUGCGGGGGUUUUGGGGUCAAUUCUGGCACCAAUUGACGAUCCCCACGUACGUCUAUUAUUCACGACUUGUUUCUCGGCAGUUGAUCGGAGUACAGCCGGGCUCAAGCUUGGAAAGGACAAUGACCGCGUUGCUUAUAUUCACGAUAUCUGGUUUCUCACACGCAUUGGUCGGAUGGGCAUUGGGAGAUGCUGCACUAUCUCGAGACGUCUUAUUCUUUCAGAUGUGUUUCCUGGCAGCAGCAGCGGAGACUGCCAUAUCCAAAAUGAAAGUCUCGAGGAGCAUCCUUUCAAGGCUGCCAGGGACGCUGCAGACGGUUGCCGGCAUGGUAUGGGUUUUUCUGUUCUUUUUCUGCAUAUCUCCAAUGUGGAUCUAUCCCAAGGUCUACCAUGUUCUAUUAAAUCCAGUAGGAUGA